AUGGAAUGGGCAGUUGGUGGUGAUGGUGAUGAUAGCGACGAUAAGGAAAAGGAGGAGGAAGCAGAACGCGAACGGCAAGAGGCCAUCCGUGAGGCUGAGGAGAGGCGCAAGGAGAAGCACCGCAAGAUGGAGGAGGAGCGCGAGAAGAUGCGCCAGGAGAUCAGGGAUAAGACCACGGUAUGCGGACCACGACAUUUUUAUGGGGUUCCGUGGUGCUCCAGUGUGAGCACUGUAAUUGAAGAUUCCGUUCGCCGCUUUAUUAAGGCAUUGGGGUAA